AUGGGGAGCGUGGCGGAGCAUCAGGCCGAGGUUCUAGUCUGGGAGCAGUUCCGGGGAAUUCCGCGUUGGCUGGCUGUCCUGCUGUGUGUCGGGCUCACAUGCUCUUACGUGGCGGCUGUGUACGUCCCGCAGUUUCUGCUUUCGACUUUCCGUUAUUUUUGGAGGGGCCCGUCGUCUUCCCCUGGGCUUCAGGCUCGCGCCAGACUGGACAGAGGCUGCGACACCCCCGCGGCGUGCUGCUCGUCCUCGAGUGAGACAGUCCAGAGCCACACGCGGCGCCUGCCGAAUUCAGAUCGCCAGCUGGGCUGCGCCGGCCGCUUCACUCACUCGCAGCGGCCUGCUGUGCAGAGUCCCGCCGGUCGGAGCGCUGGCGCAUGGCGUGCCUGUGGGGUGGCGCAGCCGGCGAGUGCGUCGUCGUCGUCACGGCCGACCCGAGCGCCGCUGCCGAAUGAACCUGUUGAGAUCUGCCUUGUUUCUUCAGCAUGUCGCUCCGUGGAUGCAGGAUGCGAUCUUGCGCAUGGUUCUCGCAGGGGAUCGCCUUCGCGCAGGAGGCAGCCUAGUCCCCUGGCAGACCGCACUCAGGCGCCGAUGGUGUCUUCUGAGGAGGACGAUCGCUCCCCGCUGCCGCCAGGCUUCUUAGGCUUCCCGCCUUCUGCGGAGCUGCAUCCGCAUCAGCUCCUUCCUCCGCGGUCGGCCGAAGUUGAUGGAAGAAAACGCGAGGCUUCUUCGUCACCGGCGGGUGCCUGGGGUAGCGACGGAGAAGGCCACAGCGAGGGCGGUCGCAGGCCUACAGAAAGCGCACGGACACGAAUUGACGGCCGUACGUCUGAGGGAGCUUCUCUCGCCGGCUCAUCUGGCGCGUGCAGAGUCUCUGCAGGCGACGCCGGAGGCAUAGAGGAACUCAGCGACAACCUGGUCGAUCAUCUUCUUAGGGAUUUUUCGGCCGUCGACUGCUGCAGCGGGAGUGCAGUCGUGUCACGCACGCUGGCGCUGCUGCUCCACUCUGUGGGCGCCGUGGGUGUCUGCCUUUUCCUGUGUUUGCGCCUUGGUCUCACAAACACUGGCGGGUGUGAAGGAGCAGCGCCAGACGGCCAACUGCACGGAGCGGGUUCCGGGACUCCACCAGAGGCCUCUCGCUCCAGCGGGGGUACGAGUCAUUCGGACGCUGGCGGCCUGCGAGAUAGCAGAGGUGCGAAUUUAGGCCUGGAUGAACCGAACUUGAGACGGUGGGCGCCGGCAGGCAUGUUGUCAUUUCUUCUUGUUUCCUUCGGCCUUCCGCAAGCGGAGGAGGGCGCGGACUGGCUGUCUCCUUCCCUCGUCAGCUUAAAGCUGCUGCUAGCUUUGUACGGCCCGUCGCUUGUGGUGCGGAGUGUCCCUCCUCUUCUUGUUGCUGCGAAACGCUUGCGCUCUGCUAGUCUCUGCGCGGCGGCGUCAUGUGCGCCGACCAGCGUGAGAGCCCCCCCUCAGCCGUCGGCUCCUGGAGGCGGCGACACUCAUAGGUAUAAAGCGGCUCGCCCUCAGUUUUGCAGGCAGAGCGACACUGCCAGGUCGUUUCUUUCCGCGCCGCACGGACAGAUGGAAGGUCAACUUUUGGAGGUUGAAGGCGACCGGAGAUAUCAAGGGGAAGCGAAAACCGGAACAGUGAUGGGGGACGUAGGCGUUUCCAGUGGGUCACCAGCACAGCAGCUGGUCUGCGCGGACGGCGGCGGCAGUACGGUGGUGAAACCAAUGACGGGAAAACAUCAUCAGGGAAAUAAGCGUUGUGAAGGCGAUUCGUGCCUGCUCAGCGGCGGAUCAAACGACGGAUACAAACAGCACACUCUGGAAAUACCCGAAGGCCUCGCAUCGCUCACAAGCGACAUCCGGGAAGGGUUCUGGCCGUUUGUUCGAGCAUGUGUAGUGGCCCCGGUUGUCGAAGAGUUCCUGUUUCGCGGGGUUUUCGUGGCGCUUCUUGCUGGGCAUAUUGGGUGUCUGGGCACUUGCGCGGGCGUCUCGAUUCUGUUUGCGCUUGCCCACAUUCACCAUUUCGUCCUUUCUGUGGUGGCAGACGCAUAUGAACAGGACUUGCCAGUACCACGACCUCUCGGAAUGAACUCAGACGAGAAAAAUUGCGCUGGUCUACAGAGGCCGCUUUGGCCGCUGGUAAUGACGCAGGCGAACGGCACCCCGUACGUGCACGCGCAAAAAGAGUUAACGACGGUCUUUAGGGGAAACGUCGGCGAUUUUGAGAAAGAAGUCAUGAAGAAGACGGAGAGAAUCGGGCUCUGCGGCGAGAUAGACGCGGCAGCGCCAGUCUGGGGCACCAAGCAUCGACGUGCGUACUGUUUCUAA